GAUGUUUUCACAGUGUCGCACGACAACUAUGACGUCACUUCCUCCUGUUGUGCAGCUGAAGUCUUAGCCUCGAAAAUGAGUUUGUUUUUGCCAAAACUAGCUUGCAAAAAAGACAUAGAUGAAGUAAUCAAAACCGUAGCAGAAAAAGUGGUGGUGUUGAGGUUCGGGAGGGACGAAGACUCUGUUUGUCUCCAUCUCGAUGAGAUUCUGUCAAAAACUGCCCAUGACUUGAGCAACAUGGCGUCCAUCUACAUCGUUGAUGUGGAUAAAUCUCCCAUUUACACAAGAUACUUCGACAUCAGUUACAUCCCCUCCAUUGUUUUCUUCUUCAACGGACAGCACAUGAAAGUGGAUUAUGGCUCUCCAGAUCACACCAAGUUUGUCGGCAGCUUCAAGACCAAACAAGAUUUCAUGGAUCUGAUUGAGGUCAUAUACAGAGGAGCCAUGCGGGGGAAGAUGAUUGUCCAGAGUCCCAUAGAUCCCCGAAAUGUUCCCAAAUAUGAUCUACUGUACCAUGGGAUUUAAAAUCAACGCCUCCACUGUGCAGCCUUAUGAUCAUAAUGAUUUGCCGCCGAGUGGCAUCAACCAUAGCUGUUGAAAUGGAAAAAGAAUACCUUUGACAUUUAAGCAACAGUCUGACUUAGGUUUGAUAUUAAAAGUGUGUCAUGUUAAUUAUUAUAUAGAAGGCAAAUGACAAAUUGUACAAUACAAGAGAAGGUUGGAAAGACUGAAAUCUACAAACAUGUUACACUUGAGCUUUAAGAAAUGACAAGGACACAUAAUGAAAUGGGCACUGUGAAUGUUCUGAUACUCAAAUGUAUUAACAGCAGGACAUGUUUUUGAAUGAAAAAAAAAUCUCUUAGCCAUUCUAACAUUCUCCAUGUCUCAUGCCUUGUGAAAAAGCAGUCUUCUUGAUGUUUCCUAUGGAAAAGAGGUGUAUUAUCAGCAGUGAGAUACAAUUGAUUUAAUCCAAUGUACAUGCUCUGUUUUUUAUAAUAAACAUUUUUUACAUUUUA